CGAACGGCCUAUCCAGAGCCAAGGGCCAAAAGUUUAUCAACCAAAAUUUUCUUCUGACCUUCUUCGUGUGUAGCCAGUGAUCUCGUGUAUAAUUCGGCGAACGAGCGCGAACUCUUUCAACUUGCGAGUUCAGUCGAGUCUUGGGUUCACUUUUUCUUUUCGACUUUCUUGGUUAGCGAGGGGACUUCGCCGCUCUCGUCAUCCGCAGAUAUGGUGGCCGAACAGGAUAACCUCGUUGUCGGUCGCGAUGACUUGAUCGCCGAUGGGGAGGGUGAUCGUAGCACACUCGAGGCUAAUGAUGAUGCUGCUCUUCUGCGAACGAUGGGCUACAAGCCGGUGCUACACCGGACGUACUCGUUCUUCGAGAACUUUGCCACUACUUUCGCCGCGCUUUACUUCGUCGGUGGAGUGCGCGUGACGUUUAGUAUUGGUAUUGCCGCUGGUGGAAACUUGGCCUACUGGACUAGUUACCUGGUCACUAUGGUCUUUACUUUCAUCACUGCUGCCGUUAUUGCCGAAGUGUGCUCGGCGUCGCCGUCGGCUGGUUCAAUCUAUCUCUGGGCUGCUGAAGCUGGUGGUCCCCGUUUUGGACGACUGCUUGGUUUCGUCGUGGCUUGGUGGAGUACUACGGCUUGGACGACUUUCUGCGCGAGCAACACCCAAGCGGCUGUCAACUAUAUGCUUGCUGAGCUCACGGUCUUCAAUGUCGACUUUCCUCAGGACACUGACAGUGUCAAGUUCCGUGCCGUUCAGUGGAUCUGCACAGAGGUUCUCCUUGCUCUCGCGGCUUUGUUGAACUUCCUGCCUCCUCGUUACUUCAAGUACGUCUUCUGGGUCUCCGCCGGCUUCGUCAUGCUCGACUUCUUCUUGAAUCUCAUCUGGCUUCCCAUCGGCACCGCCCAGACCUGGGGAUUCCGCACUACCCAUGAAGCCUUCAUGACGACCUACAACGGCACCGGCGCCCCCGAUGGCUGGAACUGGUGUCUUUCUUACUUGGCAACCGCCGGUAUCCUCAUUGGAUUUGAUGCUUCGGGCCAUGUUGCUGAGGAGACUAAGAACGCCUCUAUCACUGCUGCGCGCGGUAUCUUUUGGAGUACCGUUGUUAGCGGUUUCGGCGGUUUGGCUACCAUCAUUUUGUUCUUGUUCUGCGCUCCCACCGCGGAUCAGUUGAUGGAGUUUGGCUCCCCUCAGCCGUUCGUCCCUCUCUAUGCCGUCGUUCUCGGUAAAGGUGGUCACAUCUUUAUGAACAUCAUUUGCAUUGUCGCUUUGUGGCUGAAUACCGCCAUCGCCAUCAUCGCCGCAUCCCGCCUCGUCUUCGCCGUCGCCCGUGACGGCGUCCUCCCAUUCUCAAGCUGGGUAUCCAAGGUACACGGCGGCCAGCCCCGUAACGCCGUCAUCGUCGUCUGGGGCGUUGCCGCUCUGGUGACCUGCACCAUCCUGCCAUCCAACGUGGCUUUCACCUCCCUCGUCUCGGCGGCCGGUGUUCCCAGCGCCGCUGCGUAUGGUCUGAUCUGUUUGGGCCGUCUAUUCUGCACACCGAACCGCUUCCCCAAGCCGGCGUGGAGUUUGGGACGAUGGAGUAAGCCGUUCCAGUUCAUUGGUGUGUUUUGGAAUGGAUGGGUUGUUGCUAUUCUGUUUUCGCCGUAUGCGUUCCCGGUUACUGGGCAGACUUUAAAUUAUGCCCCCAUUAUCAUGGCUGGUGUUACUAUCCUGGCUUUGAUCUCGUACUUUAUCAUGCCGGAGAGUGCCUGGCUUCCGCGGAACCGGAUCACCCAUUUCAUUGACAGCAAGGGUGCUGCUAAUGUCUCCGAGACGGUGGAGGAGGUUACUCCUUCUGCUCAGAGAUCAUGAUGGGUCUUGGAGAUCUUUCAAAACAAAAUAAAAGUGUGAUGGUGUGUCGUUUCGAGACCACCUCAAGGGAAAGAAAUGAAGCUUGUUGGUAUAUAUUGCUUUUUGGCUUGGUGUAUAUGAUUUAUGUGUGGUUGGUAAAUAAUUACGGUCUUGUAGGUGAGAAAGCCUGCCGAAUUAAUGAUUGUUGCAUA